AAAACAGUGAUAAUAUAUUCAAUGAUUAUUUACAAUUUACUUGCAUUCAAAUUUCAAUGUAAUUAGUAUAUUUUUUUUAAACGACUAAAGUUAGUAAUAUAUAGUUAAUGUUAGUAUGUUUUUCUUAAAUAGAAUUUGAACUCUAGUUAGUAGUCCUUAUACUUUAACUUUUUUAACUUUUAGUUCAAAGUUGAGAUAUCUAAACUAGUACAACUUUUAAUGAUAAAAUUGAUGUUUCCAAAGUCAUAUUUGCCGGCUAGCCAAUAGGGAGAGACAAAAGACCCACGCAUCACAUGUGGUUCAUAAUUUGUAUUUCUCCAAAUCCAGCUUUUAUACCCAAAGUUUCAACUCUUUCACUACUACUAUCUUUUGUAGAUUGCAUACUCAUACAAUAGAUUAGAUGAAGAUGGAGAACAUGUCAAUCACCCUCUUCAUCAACACCCUUAUUUUCUUCUCAUUUUUACAGUAUCAGAGUUCUCUCUCACUCUCAGAUUCUUCAACAUCAUUUCCUAAGGAAGCCCUCCCCACAAAAUCAGGUUACCUACCAGUAAGUCCCAACUCCAAUUCCUCCAUUUUCUACACAUUCUAUGAAGCACAAACCUCCACCUCACCUCUCUCCCAAACCCCACUUCUUAUUUGGCUUCAAGGUGGCCCUGGCUGCUCCUCCAUGCUCGCCAACUUCUACGAACUCGGACCUUGGCGUGUCACCAAAUCACUCACCCUUGAAUCCAACCCUGGUUCUUGGAAUAGAAUAUUUGGUCUUAUCUUUCUCGAUAAUCCCAUUGGAACUGGCUUCAGUGUAGCCACAACGCCACAAGAGAUUCCAACUGACCAAAAAGGCGUCGCCAAACACCUUUUCGCUGCUAUAAAAAGGUUUGUUCAACUUGACCCUGUUUUCAAAUACCGCCCUAUUUAUAUUACUGGUGAAAGCUAUGCUGGAAAAUAUGUUCCUGCAAUUGGGUACUAUAUAUUGGAGAAAAAUGCUAAGUUGAAGGACUCCGAGAGAGUGAAUUUAGCUGGUUUGGCAAUUGGUGAUGGACUAACAGAUCCUGUAACCCAAGUUGUUACUCAUGCAGCUAAUGCUUAUUAUGUUGGAUUAAUCAAUGAGAGGCAAAAGAAAGAGUUGGAAAAAGCUCAACUUGAAGCUGUUAGGUUGGUCCAUAAAGGGAAUUGGAGUGAGGCAGCUGAUGCUAGAAACAACGUGUUGCGUUUGUUGAGUGAUAUGACAGGGUUGGCUACUUUGUAUGACUAUUCAAGGAAAGUUCCUUAUGAAGAUGAUUUGGUUCAACAGCUCUUGAGCAUUGCUGAGGUGAAGAAGGCUUUAGGGGUGAACGAAUCGUUUGUUUAUGAGGUUUGCAGUGAUAUUGUUGGGGAUAUAUUACAUGCUGAUGUAAUGAAAAGUGUUAAGUAUAUGGUGGAGAAGUUAUUGAAGGAGAAUACUAAGGUGUUAUUAUAUCAAGGUCAGCGUGAUUUGAGGGAUGGUGUCGUACAAGUCGAGGUUUGGGUGAAGACUAUGAAAUGGGAAGGGAUUGUUGAGUUUUUGAAUGCUGAGAGGGAGAUUUGGAAGGUAAAUGAAGAGGUAGCUGGGUAUGUACAAAAAUGGAAGUCUCUUACUAAUGUUGUGGUUUUGGGAGCUGGACAUCUUUUGCCUACUGAUCAAUCUCUUAAUUCUCAAGCAAUGAUAGAAGAUUGGGUUUUGGAAAAGGGUUUGUUUGGAAGUGUUUCGUACCCAAAUGUAUCCACAAAUUAUGUACAUGAUGUUUAACUAUUUGUGAUUCAACUUGAAACUUUCCUUAUUCAAGUUUAGAUUUGAACUAAAUAAAAUUACUUGAUUUGAGGAA